AUGUUGGAAGGCUACUUGGAUGUAGAAGAUCAAUUCUCGAAGCGAUGGUUGCUUCAGAUUCUGGAAGGGAAGUGCCCGAAAUAUCAGAAACUGGCCGGAGUCAAGACCUUGUUAAAUGUAGGAGAAUUGAAUCUGCACGUCAUUUGGUGUUUGUUAUGUUAUAUUAAGAAAAUAGCUCCUGGCAAUAUCACUCCAUUUGAUUUGAAAUAAAGUAAAAAUUUCAGAUAACCAGUGAAAUUCUCAGCGAAGACAACGGAUAUAUGAGUCGCAUAUAUCUGGUAAAACUUAUCUACGAAUACGAAUCUCUGGAGUAUUGUCUAAAAGUCCCAACUUGGCAUAAAAUCAGUGGAAUUUUCGAUAGUGAGAGAGAAAAAUCGGAAGAAAAUGGGGAAGUUCUUAAGUUGAAGGCAUUCCACAAUAACGAAUGUAACUUUUACCGAUUAUUCGGUGAACAUAAUGUCGAUGGAUUUAAAAUAACUCAUGUUUACUCGUUUAAGGUAGACAGCAAUUUAUAUGCAUCACAAAUUAGCAAUUUGGUUUCUUACAAGAUUAUUUUACAGCACAUCGACGAGGAUGUGUCGAUUUGCCCCCAUAUUCUGAUGGAUUACUUCCAUAAUUCCGGAUCUGUUCAAAUCCACGAGAGUCUGAAUCAGAAACAGUUGGAAACGCUGGCCGAUCAGUUAGCCAUAAUGCACGGAUAUUUGAUUGGAAAUGGUAUUUAUGUAGACGCAAAGCAGUUCAAACCCUUUGAUUAUAAACACGAACUUCCGAAGGAAGAAAGAGAAAAGCUCGGACAACUGAUUCAAAUGAAAAUCGAGGAAUCGGGAGAUCGUAAGUCAUCUUUUCAUUAAUUUUAGACCUUUAUAUUAUACGUUAUGACUUUUAUCUUUAGAAAUUCUGGUCAGUAGUUACAAAAAAGCAAAGCCAGUGAUAGACACGCAAAGACUUUUCGAACAUUGCAUAAAACAAGCGCAUCUGGAGCUGGGAAUCAAGCCAAUUUUAUGCCACGGUGAUCUCUGGGCGAACAAUGCUUUAUUUGAAUUGGACGGGCAGAGAAGGGCAACGGAUAACUUGUUGGCCAUUAUUGAUUUCCAAUUGGCUAAUGUCGGUGAGUUCUUCGUAGUACUAGAUGUGGUCUACUACAGAUUUGUUGCUGUUUACAACUACGAAUUUUAGGAAAUCCGGCACAAGAUUUGGCCAGAAUUUUGACGAUAAACUGUGAUGUGGCAGUGAGGAAAGCAAAUGAAGAGAGCAUUUAUGAAUAUUAUUACACUAAAUUGUCAUCGUAUCUCAAAAAGCAUGGUAAACGGCCUCCAUUCACCCUGGAGCAGCUAAUUCUGGCUUCCAAGUCGCAAUUUAUAGUUCAGGUGAGCUCUGACCGCAUUGGUUCUGCAAUUUGCUGUCAAUAUCACUAAAAACUUAAUAUUCUUUUGCAGUCAUUGUUUUGUCUGUUUUUCCUGGCGUUCCAUUUCUCGGCACCGGAAAAACAACAAUUCAGGCGAAUAUUCGGUGAGCGUGCUCGCUACAUCCUGGACGACUGCUACACCAUUGCCCAUUCCCAUUUUGCCCAUCUGCUGAGUCAAUGA